AUGAGUGCAUUAGCGGAGGAGUUAUUGAUGGAAGAACGAAAGAUAACUACACCUAAUUAUCAAACCAUUUCACCAAAUGAAGACAUUAUAGAUAUCGAAAACAGUUUGGAGAAAAUUGAACAUCUGGCGGUCUUAGCAGACAAGUCUCGUAAAGACGGGGUCCUACCGAUAGAACAUACCGAAUAUUUAUAUGAAAAAAUAACAGACACUCUAGAUGAGCUAGUAGAUUUUCUGAAAACAUCUCAAAACACUUACAAAUUCCUCAACAACAAAGGCAUACAUAGAAUUAUAAAUUCAAUAAUUGGCAUUAACUAUGAAUCGUUGAAGAAACAGUUUUUGAUUAUAUUAAAAACUUUAUUCAUCGUCGCUCCUGUUACUACAAAUGAAGUAAUACCCUCAAGUAUAAUCGAUAAACUAUUAGAUAUAUUUGAAAACGAUGAUAACUUAGCUCUGAAAGCCCAUGCUUUGGACAUAAUGCACACAUGGUUGCCAAGAAAUCCUAAAAUUCAGGCUCGUGUUAUGAAAUUAAAAGGCCUAGAACCAUUUUACCAUCAAGUAACAAAGUUAGAUAUAUCUGUAGUUUAUACUUUAUUGGAAUUAUUUAAUAAUAUUCUUCAAGAGCAUUUAAUAGAACGUAGCAAGUCUCAGAAGGAUAAAACUGAUUUUGAAACGAUAAAAUUGUAUGAAAAUAUUGGUUUGAUAGAAAGGAUGUCGACGCCUACAGUGUGUAACGGCUUAUUAAACAUAUUUAAAGGAAUAUCUGUUAGAGAUGAUCUAGAACUCCCACCGGUCGUAUUUGAUCUUUUAAGAAAUAUAAAGCCAUUCUGUCUGAAGAUUUAUAAGGGAAAAGCGCAAGAUGUGAACGUGUUUAAGUCGUUAAGAAAGAAAGUAAAUAAUAACAUAAAAUUUGAUAUUAUUGAUGCAAAGAAGUUAUUAGAAGAAUAUAUUCAGAAGAUAAAUGGUAAUUUACGUGAUGAAUUU